UGGCAAACGCAUCACGUUUUGCAAUCUGUUUCGGGGUGUCAUUAAUUUAACCUUGACACCUGCACCAGAUCUCAUGUACGCCAUGCGAUUGCAAUGCAGAGGCGGACUGACAACUCAUGGGGCCCCCGGACAAUAGGGGAUCAUGGGGCCCCUGUGUCCUUGCCCAAACUCAAAAAAGCCUAUAAAAAAGCUACCAGGGGCAUCUCAUGGGGCCCCCUACUGACCCCGGGCCCCUAGGGCAGUGCCCGAGUUUCCAAAUGGUCAGUCCCCCCUGCACACAGGAUUUGCAGUGUUUCCCACACGGCA